CAUGCCGAAUUUCGAAAACAUUUCACCACAUCCGGUGGUCCGACAGCUCUUAUCGUCCGCUAUGACUUCUGAAUUGAGUUCCGCGAGUACCAAUGUUGCGGUCGUGUCUCUCCUCGUAAAGGUUUUAAACCGAGAAAUACUUCGAAAUCUCCAAAAGGUGGUGCGUCUUCGCCGUGCCAGGCUUCGCAAGGAUGUUGACACUUUGAGACACAUUCUGGGCGUCCAGAAAUUUGACGUGGGCAUCGUUUGUGUGGAUAACCACAGGAUCCAACAAAUUAAUAACACCUACAGGAAGAAGAAUUUCCCGACAGAUGUCCUCUCGUUCCCCUUCCACGAGGACUUGAGACCUGGGAAGCUGCCUUGCCCUCUUUACAGGGAUGAGCUGAAUCUCGGGGACAUUUUCUUGGGGGUCGAGUUCGUGAUGAAACAAUGUCAGGAAGAAUCUUUUGAUCUGCAUGAUGCUCUCACAGUGGUCACUGCACAUGGGAUCUGUCACCUGCUGGGCUACAGGCAUGAGACAGAGGAAGAAUGGACUGAGAUGCUGCAAAGGGAAAACUACAUUCUAAGUGAGUACAACAGACUCACAGGACGCCAUCUUCAACCGCUGAUGAAGAAAUGUGAUCAUAGUAGAUGACAGUGACUGUCACUGUGACAGUGUCACCUGCUACAUUUACACUUGAACUCUCUACUACACGUACUAUGGUGCUUGAUCUCUUGUACACUGUGCCAUGCAAUCAUAUUAAGUCCGACAAUGAUUCAACACAAAUGUCAAGACAUUCACAAUCAAUGUUUGCUGCUAUUGUUUCUGUGGACAUCCUGAAUCACUUAACUCCAAUGUUGUUCAAGAGUUUUAAAGAUUAAAGUCUGUACACUUUCA